AUGGAUGCAAGAGUGUCCCAGUUGAGGCCGGGAACUGAAGGGCGCUUCAGAGUGCCCUACAACCCUGAUGGCACCGGAUGUGGGGCAGCCAUGAGGUCUAUGUGCAUCGGACUGAGGUACCCGUGGCCAGAGCAGCUGUCCACUCUGGUGGCCAUUGCUGUGGAAACAGGAAGGAUGACCCACCCUCACCCGACCGGUUUCCUCGGUGCAGUGGCGUCGGCGCUCUUCACCUCGUACGCCGUCCAGCGCCGACCAAUCACGACCUGGGGGCUGGGCCUGGUCAAGGAGGCCUGUCCAAUCUCCAAGAGCUUUGUUCAAUCGCAGGGCUUUGCUGUCAGGGAGACGAGAGACUGGGGCUACUUCACUGAGAAGUGGGAGUGGUACCUGGAGAUGAGCCUCUCCGAGAGGACAGGCCCCGUGCUUUGGCCGGCGUCCUAUGGGCCGGCGGAGAGAGACAAGGUCUAUGAGAGCUUCAGCCUGAAGGGCUGGGCGGGCCGCAGCGGCCACGACGCUCCAAUGAUCGCCCUGGAUGCCCUGCUGGGGGCGGGGUCAGACUGGGAGGAGCUGAUGAGCCGCAGGGGCUUCCAUGAAGGUGACAGUGACAGUACGGCAGUGAUCGCCUGCUGCUUCCAUGGCACGGAGGGCGUCCCGCCCGGCAACUACACCCACCUGGAGUACAGGGAGCGGCUGGAGAGCAGCGCUGAAAAGCUCUACGCCCUGUCACACACAGGAGGUGACAAGUACGAUCCAUAAAGCACUGAGGGGGAGACGAAGAGAGAAAAUGUGUGAGAGAAACUGUGAGUGAGAGAAUGAGACUCUAAUGUUUUACUGUCUUAACCACAUGCAUUAUCGCUGUACUCAGUCUUGCCCAAAAGUAACUACGCUUGGUAGGAAGUCAAUUGAUCCUGUGUGGCGCUGUCACAGUGUAAUAGAAAAACUGUCAUGUCAACGUAGAUGCCUGGUUCCGUCCCACUGAUCAAGAGCAAGGUUGCAUCCCAAAUAGAACUCUAUUCCCUAUGGGCUCUGGUCAAAAGUAGGGCAUUAUAUAGGGAAUAGGGAUCCAUUUGGGACACAUAUAAAGUCUAUACCCACGCACAAUGAGGAGGAGGAUUCAGUCAUACAAGAGGCUAUUGAGCAUUGACAAUACAUGAUAAAUUAAGGGAGUACAGUGCAUUCGGAAAGUAUUCAGACCCCCUUGACUUUUUCCACAUUUUGUUACG